AGUUCGCCGCGGGAGGGACUUAGGAAAAGAAGCACUCAGCAUUCUCCAUCGCUGUUACUCAACUGUUCUUAACUGAUGAUUUUUUGAGUGCAAAGGAGACCAACACUAUUUUUAUCUACAUAUUUCGACGAUAUCAUUUAUGAUUGUCAGUAGCGGAUUGCACUGGACCCUGUAGAUUGCAUUGGACCCUAAUACCUUAUUUCUGCCUGGAGAAAGUUUGUGCAGGUUUCAACAUGAGUGAUUUAGAAGAAGACUUCCAAAAGAUCCUAUUGAUAAAAGAGGAGAGAAUUAAGGAAAUGGAGAGGCGUCUCGCCGAGAAAGAAGAAGAGAUCCACGAAUUAAAACGAAAACUGCACAAAUGUCAAUCUGUUUUGCCUAGCGCGCAGAUAAUUGGACCUAGAACCAGGCGUGCCCAAGGCAUCUCGGCGGAACCCCAAGCUUACCGAACCUUCCAGGAGUUGAAUAGUGAAGCAUUUCGGAAACAUUCGAAGUCUGACAGCUCCAAGGACUUAAUCAAGGAGGCCAUUCUUGACAAUGACUUCAUGAAGAACCUUGAGCUUUCUCAGAUCCAAGAGAUUGUUGACUGCAUGUACCCAGUUGAAUAUGGCAAAGACAGCUGUAUUAUUAAAGAAGGAGAUGUGGGCUCCUUGGUGUAUGUGAUGGAAGACGGAAAGGUGGAGGUGACAAAAGAGAGCAUGAAGCUGUGCACCAUGGGCCCUGGGAAGGUGUUUGGAGAGCUGGCCAUCCUUUAUAACUGCACCAGGACGGCCACUGUCAAGACCCUCACUAAUGUGAAGUUAUGGGCCAUCGACCGCCAGUGUUUCCAGACUAUUAUGAUGAGGACAGGCCUCAUCAAACAUGCCGAAUACAUGGAGUUUCUAAAGAGUGUUCCAACAUUCCAGGGCCUUUCAGAAGAAAUCCUCAGCAAGCUUGCCGAUGUGAUGGAAGAGACGCACUACGGGGAUGGGGAGUACAUUAUCAGGCAGGGUGCCAGAGGGGACACCUUCUUCAUCAUCAGCAAGGGAAAGGUAAAUGUGACCAGGGAAGAUUUGCCCAAUGAUAUGCCUGUAUACCUGCGAGCCCUGGGCAAAGGAGACUGGUUUGGGGAGAAAGCCCUGCAGGGAGAGGACAUCCGGACGGCUAAUGUCAUCGCUGCUGAAGCUGUCACCUGCCUUGUCAUUGACAGAGAUUCAUUCAAGCACUUGAUCGGGGGCUUAGAGGAUGUCUCAAAUAAAGGCUAUGAAGAUGCAGGAGCCAAAGCGAAAUAUGAAGCAGAGAAUGCCUUCUUCUGCAACCUUAAGCUGGUGGACUUCAACAUCAUUGAUACGUUGGGGGUCGGAGGCUUCGGACGAGUGGAGCUGGUAGGAUUUUUAAAUAAAGUGCAGCUCAAAAGUGAUGAGAUCAAGACGUUCGCAAUGAAAAUCCUGAAAAAGAGACACAUUGUGGACACACGGCAACAGGAGCAUAUCCGCUCUGAGAAGCAGAUCAUGCAGGAGGCUCACUCGGACUUCAUUGUCAGGCUAUAUAGGACCUUCAAAGAUGCCAAAUAUCUCUAUAUGUUGAUGGAGGCUUGCCUUGGGGGGGAGCUCUGGACAAUACUUAGGGACAGAGGAUCAUUUGAAGACUCAACCACAAGGUUCUACACAGCUUGUGUGGUGGAGGCUUUUGCUUACCUGCAUUCCAAAGGGAUCAUCUACAGAGAUCUCAAACCAGAGAACCUCAUCCUGGAUCACAGAGGCUAUGCCAAGCUGGUAGACUUUGGCUUUGCCAAAAAGAUUGGGUUUGGGAAGAAAACAUGGACUUUCUGCGGAACCCCUGAGUAUGUGGCACCUGAGAUCAUCCUGAACAAGGGGCACGACAUCUCCGCUGACUACUGGUCACUGGGGAUCCUCAUGUACGAACUCUUGACUGGAAGCCCACCAUUCUCAGGGCCAGAUCCAAUGAAGACCUACAAUAUCAUCCUUAGAGGAAUCGACAUGAUUGAAUUUCCAAAGAAGAUCACCAAAAAUGCUGCCAAUUUGAUAAAGAAACUAUGCAGGGAUAAUCCUUCAGAAAGACUAGGAAACUUGAAAAAUGGAGUCAAAGAUAUCCAAAAGCACAAAUGGUUUGAAGGCUUUAACUGUGAGGGUUUGAGAAAAGGAACCCUGACUCCUCCAAUCAUCCCCGAUGUCUCAUCGCCAACUGACACAAGCAACUUUGACAGUUUCCCAGAGGACAACGAUGAGCCUCCUCCAGACGACAUGUCUGGCUGGGACACCGACUUUUAACAGUACCCUCUAUGUGUAGCAGCCUGUCCAGAUGCUCCUUAGCCCUGCCUCUGAAACGACUCUCCUGGAGAAGCCCUUCAAGGCGUGACCGCAGAGUACAGAGGAGCUGACAACCGGACAGUUGAUGAUGCUGUAAACGGACAGCGACAGUGAAGGGGGCAGUCAUACAGAACUACCACUCUAGGUCACCGAGAUGCCUUCGCCAAAGUUGCUGCACUCGCCUCCGAGGUGGCAUCGGGACUAACGUUUUAGCCAACACGAGUCACCUUCAGUCUCUUGCCAUCACAAUCAACCAUGUCCCCCACUGGGUCCCCUAAUGGAUAGGGUUUCUUUUAGGAUAAUGUAUUUGUUGUGGCUGUGGGCACUUAUCAGUGUUUUCAGUGGUUACUUGUGAUACUAAAUGGAGUGGAACUGUGAUUCCAGCUCUCUGUUGUAGCGUCUUUAGGACCCCAAUUUCAACAGGGGUUUUGACUCUUGAAAUUGUUGUCAUCAAUAUCAAUUUUUUACCACUUCCUUUGUAUCAUGUUACACAUUUGAAUAUCACACAUAUGAUUACAGUACAUACAGAUGAUAUAUUGUAUAUAAUACUUACUGUAUUCCAUUAGAAAAUGCACUCAAACAUUCAGUAUCUCACAAAAGUGAGUACACAUCCUCACAUUUUUGUAAAUACACUGAACAAAAUUAUAAAUGCAACACU